CUGAAGCCAUUACCACGCUGAGUGUGCCAACAAUUGCUAAAAAGUAGUCAAGAAAUUCACAAUUAAUCAAAACGAGCAAGGAAAAGUCUUUAUAACCCUUACGACCUGUUUUAUUCAACAUAAAUCGGUGACUGGUCGAUGCGGAGUCUGCCGUGAUGCUAGCCGAUAGCGCCGAGCAACCCUAAUGUCAUCCAAGCCAGAGAAACGAAAGCGAUCCAGAAUAGGUGAGUUGUGCUAAUUACCGGUAUAGAACCUAUUAGGAGAGAGCUAAUAGAGUAGGAUGCGCUACCUGCCGCGCAAGAAAGGUCAAAUGCGAUGAACGAGCAGACACCUGCGGCAAUUGCGAGAAGCUAUCUUUACCAUGCAUUCGCUCCGGCGACGGCACCCCAGAGACAUUCCUGGACUCCUUGAGUCAUCACCGCGCCCUCAAGUCGUGUAAGCCAUGCCGCGCAGCGAAGGUGCGAUGUACUGGUGGCCACCCUUGUCCUCGCUGCGAGGCGCGCACUAUAGAUUGCGAGUAUACUUUAAAGGCCAAGCCGCGGUGGAUGGCACAUCGACGCCUCACCAACGGCGGGAGCGAUGCCGAGCCGACCGCUCCGGAAGAAGACGAACAGCCGCUGCCGCAGGAAGUAGCACAGCAGGAUGGCGGUUUACAAUGGUUGAGUCGAUCGGCUUUGCCACAACAGCCGGAGCUGUCUCUGCUCAUCGAUACCUAUUUCAAAGUGAUGCACCCUGUGAGAUGUUUUGGAUUUAUCCACAGACCGAGCUUUAUGCAGAAGAUUGAGGAUCAAUCAGAACAAGAUCGGAAUCACAACCCUUUACUACUGGCAGUGUGUGCCAUUGCAGCCAAAUUUGUACAUAACCAACAGUCAAUUAGUGAGUCAACCACGCUGCACGCCCUACAAUCAGGUAGCCAGUGGGCACGAAAAGCGCAGUCGCUGCUAUUGAGCCAUAUUAACCGGCCUACCUGUGAGACGCUAAUGACAUACAUCUUACUUCAUGAGCAUGAGCUGCGUGUGGGAAACUAUGUCUCUGCCUUUAUGCUUACAGGCCUUGCGGUCCGUCUUUCGCAGGCCCUUGGCUUGAACGUUGACAAGCAGGACGAGCAUAGUCUCAAACCGCCUUGUUUCUACGAAUCCUGCCGCCGAACUAUGUGGAGUACGUUUAUUCUCGAUGCAUGGGUAGGCAGUGGUGUCGAUGAGCUAACCAUGCUCCACGAAAGAAACAUCCACGUGCCGCUACCCAUGGCAGAAACCGAUUUUAUCAUGGAGAUGGAACCAUCUUCUCAGGUACACACGUCACAAUACUGGCAGAGCUUGGAGCAAUCGCAGCACCUAGACUUGGAGGCGCAAUUUGUGCUACUACUUACUCUUCGCAAAGCCGUGUUAAGAAUCGUCAAGCAUUUAGACGUUAUACAACCCCCAUGGGAAGCACAGUCGGAAUGGAGCAAGCUUUAUCAAGACCUCAAGAGGUGGAACAGCGGACUCCCAGCAAGCUUGCGCUUCACCAGGUCCGCCAUCCAGAAAAGAAAAAUCACCAAUCAACACGGCGGUUUGCUGUUCCUACAUCUCUGCUACCACCAGACCGUGUGUGAUCUCACACGCAUUGGGAUGAGUGACCUCUUCCGCAUCAAGAAUCCCCUCGUCUUUCCUGCAGAACAACGCCAAUUUUUGAUCGACGUCCAGGACGACUGCUUCGACAACUCCAUGUCCGUCUCCGCCAUCUUUCGUGAUGCAUUAACGCACGGUCCAGAAGCAUACAGCGACACCUGGUUAUGUGUGGUUGCGCAUGAUGUAUCAAGAGUACAAGUGCACUACCGCAGCAAGCAACUCGGCUCAGCUGCAGCGCGCGAAACGUUGGUUACAGAUGUAGAUGCUGCUCUAAAGACCAACGCGGAAAUGCUAACCAGACUGGUGCCACUGAUUGCUUUGGCAAAGCCGCUUCUUGACGCGACUUUGAAUCUGGUAGCAGCGGCCUCUGUGGGCGAGCCUGUGGUACAUAGUGGUAGUCGCAAUUCAGGUGCGUCCAAGUCUGCAGAGGACGUUCUCAACCCGCUCGCCAUCUACAGGAUGGCCCGGAAGCAUGCUAUGACUCAAGACAACGGCGACAAGGACAGCGAGGAGGUGAUAGAAACACCACCCUAUUUCGAUCAUGGUCAAAUACACCUCAGUGGCGAGCCAGCCAGAGAUCCAAACGCUGCAGUCUCGCUCGAUGCGAUGGCCAUGUAUCUACCAACGAGCUUUGAUGAACUGCAGGUGUACAUGGGGUUGACAGAUUUGCUACCCACAUAUGCUCCAGAGAGCUACGGUGCCGAUAUGCUAGGUCCGUAUUAUACUGAGCCACAAUAUGACACCGGUGCGUUUGGAAGCGGCGAAGCAGGCCAUAGUCGAGCCUAGGGUACUAUUGCAGUGUGAAAUCAUAUAAUAAGACAACAAAUAUAUUACCGCC